GAUCGCCAAGCGCAUGCGCCAAGGUUUGUAAUGCCAUCACCAGCAUCGUAAAGCGUUUGUUUUACAACCAGACCACCGCCGCCCCGUGUCUAGGAGGACGGACGCUCAGUCAGGCUGACCGGGCACAGCACGCCGACUAACGAGCCCCGGAGGACGGUGCUGUUUUGGAUCUCCUCCUCUGUCCCUGUGCAGCUCAGAGGCCCAGCAUCUCGAACAUCACCACUAGGUUCCUGAGCAGACAUGCCUGCAGCGGUUGGUGGGCCCGUGGGAUACACCCCUCCUGAGGGUGGCUGGGGCUGGGCUGUAGUGGCAGGUGCCUUCAUCUGCAUCGGCUUCUCCUAUGCCUUCCCCAAAUCCAUCACGGUCUUCUUCAAGGAGAUCGAGGUCAUCUUUAAUGCCACGCCGAGCCAGGUUUCUUGGAUUUCCUCCAUCAUGCUGGCUGUCAUGUACGGAGGAGGUCCAAUCAGCAGCAUCCUGGUGAAUAAAUAUGGCAGUCGACCAAUCAUCAUCCUGGGUGGCUGUCUGGCAGGUUCGGGUCUGGUUGCAGCCUCCUUCUGCAACACCGUGGAGCAGCUUUACUUCUUCAUUGGAGUGGUGGGAGGUUUGGGCCUAGCGUUCAACUUGAAUCCUGCGCUCACCAUGAUCGGUAAAUACUUCUACGUCCGUCGUCCCAUCGCCAACGGUAUCGCCAUGGCGGGCAGCCCCGUGUUCCUGUCAACUCUGUCUCCCAUCAACACCUGGAUGUACGACCAGUUUGGCUGGAGGGGCAGCUUCCUCAUUCUGGGGGGACUCUUGUUUAACUGCUGCGUGGCCGGCUCUCUGAUGCGUCCCAUUGGACCCAAACCUCAGCCGGCUAAACCCGACACAGAGGCCGGCGAAGGCAAAGCGGCUCCAGCUCAGCCUCAGCCGAAGAAGACGUUUCUACAGAGGGUCAACUCCUUCAUUGACCUGUCUCUCUUCAAACACAGAGGCUUCCUGCUCUACCUGCUGGGAAAUGUUAUCAUGUUCUUCGGCCUGUUCUCUCCUCUCAUCUUCCUCUCCAACUAUGCCAAGAGUAAGGACAUCAGCAAAGAAAAAGCUGCCUUCCUUCUGUCAGUGCUGGCCUUGGUUGACAUGUUUGCCCGGCCUUCCAUGGGACUUCUGGCUAACACAAAGUGGGUCCGUCCAAGAGUGCAGUACUACUUCGCCGCCUCUGUCCUCUACAACGGCGUGUGUCACGUUCUGGCUCCGCUGUCGGUGGACUACACCGGCUUUGUGGUGUACGCCAUCUUCUUUGGCUUCGCCUUUGGAUGGCUCAGCGCUGUGCUGUUCGAGACUUUGAUGGACCUGGUGGGAGCCCAGAGGUUUUCUUCUGCUGUGGGUCUCGUCACUAUCGUGGAGUGUGCACCUGUGCUGUUGAGCCCCCCGCUAACAAGUAGUUUCUAUAACUACUACCAUCACUACGACUACACCUACAUAACCUGUGGCGUCAUCCUCAUCAUUUCAAGCAUCUUCCUCUUCGUGGGUAUGGGCAUCAACUACCGCCUGUUGGACAAGGAGAAGAAAGAGGAGGAGAGGAAGGAGCGGGAAGAGCCGAAGGAGGAGUGCACCGCCAUGUUGGAAGCUCCCUCAAAGUCCAAGUCCGGCGCCGCGGCGGAUAACGAUGAGUCUGCUGCCGUCACGCUGGACGAUGUUGCCAAGAUGGAUGAGGACACGGUGUAAAACACAUGGCUGAAAAGGACUCGAGGGACACACACACACACACCACACACACACACACACACACACACACACAGACACACACCAGCAGUUACAAUCACACACCCUUACCACCUCCCUAAAGCCAUAGAAACAGAUGUCAGUGAAAUCUGAGAGCUGCUGCUGCUGUGACGCAGAUUCAGACCUCAGAGGUUUUGUACUUUUCGUGCCUUUAGGAAGCUCGUGUUCUAGGAGCACAGGCACCACGUAGAAACGCCAGGUAGACACGCAACCACGCCGCUCAAGCUAACAAACCAGCUAACCAACGAGGACUUUCUCUCCGGGUUUUGCUCUGCUGCAGCAAAUCACCCAAACCCAGUGAAGAUGGAACACUAGCGUUUUGUUAAUGUUGGUGCAGAUACUAAACCGUUCCCCCACGUGUUCUGUAUUAUCAUAGGGACGUAUAUCUGUUAGCUUUGAGUGUGAAGUCAGACGUGUACAGUUUAAGCUAAUUCAUGCUGAGGAACACAGAAUUUAAACUAGUAAGGGAAAAGUAGAAAAACGCACGGGGAUCUUUUUGUAUACGAAUCUAGGAGUUAACACACUGACCAACCUCCCUGUGUGAGAACAAAGGCGGAUGAGAACGUUAAAACCGUCUGGUUUCACAGCUCAUCCUGUAACGUAAACCGUCUGUCCGCAGGAUCAGCCUUCUCCGAGUAUUAAAUGACACACCAGUGUGUGACCGAGUCAUUCUCCUCAUCCUCUUCGUAUUUCUGGGUCAGAGUUCAACCUUGUAUUGGUUACCACUGUAUAUAAUAUAAAAGGAUUAGAUUCUAGCAUUUAUUUUAACAAACUUUGUGACUUUUAAUGUUUUUAAAGUGAACCUGAAGCCAGAUUUCAUCACUUCAUUCGCUGUAAGUCAGCCACUGCUGUGCUGUAAAGUUCCUCGCUGGUUUGUUUUGAUACGGAAACUCGUAUCGAAGCUCAGAACGGUAACAACUGCUCACUGAGGCUCAAACGCUGCAGAUGGUUUAGCUGCUCGUCGGGGAACUGAUGAGAUGUCAGAUGGUGUCUUUAUGCCACAAAGAACUUUUUCCUCAACGAUACGAUCACACCAUCCUUUUAUUAUCUAAAGAAAGAGAUGAAACAAGUCCAGGGGUGUUGUGGGCGUUAUCUGAAGUGUUCUUCAUGACCAAAUGUUGAACCAAGCAGUGUACAUGUUUAGAAAUGAAAGCUAAGUCACUUUUGGUAUUGCUGGGAACUUUACUCUGAAUUAUCCACUUGUACACACACUUGAAUUAGAAACACACAGGCAGACCUGUACUUUAGGGUCCGGAUCUUCAGAUGGGUCUGGUUUUGGUGUCCACGUUCCCCUGAUCCAAACCCGCUAGUGACGGCACGUUUUGAGACGUUUAUUUCACAUUUCUCUCAUAAAGAUUGCACACCGGAUCAUCAGACCCACUUAACCGGUUUUUAUUGUUCGUAUUUGUUAGUAUGUGUUUUUAAGCGGUACUUUAGGCAGUUUUGGCACCUUUGUGUUUCAGAACAAGUGUUACUUUUUUUAUUUUUUUUGCAGUGGUUAUUUUAAUGUGAGUUUCUGACUUCUGCUGAUGAAUAAAUGGCUUUUAAAACAAAA